UCACGUGCGAGUCGCCGAACGCGGUCGCGAGUGGCGCCAGCAGAGUCGCAUUUGCGAUCAUCAUCGGCAUGCACGUUCCCAAGUGGCAGCGCCGCUUGUACGCUGCGCUCGGGACCUCCGUCCUCGUCUUCGUCGUCGCCGCGCUCCUCGUCUUCCUCACGAGUACGUCCAGCGGUGCUGGCCACAUUGACGCCUCCGCGCCUGGCGCUGUGCCAUCUCCAACGACAGCCGCGCCAGUGGCCUCUGUGCAAGGCACGAUCGUCGAGCCCAGCGUGGUGCCGACGCCCGCGCCGACGACACCGACACCGACACCGACACCGACACCGACACCGACGCCAAGCACGAGUCGCGCCGAAGCGCGGACGGCGCAGCCGCCGGGAACGUACCGCUUCAUCAACUACUGCAACGGCACGGCGCAGAACGCGCUGUACUGGCGCUGGCUCAAUGUGCCCGACCACGUAGCGCCGCUACCGUACGGCGCAUCGAUCGAUUUCAAGUUUUCGGACUUUGGGACGUCGGCGAUGGCCCGUCUCGGCGCGUCCGUCGACGCCACGUUGUUUGAGUUCAACUGGGAUGGAGCCCGCGUCUGGUACGACCUUAGUGUGGUGCCCGUUGCUUGUGGGUCGAGCUGGGACCGCGUCGAGGUUUUUGGUGUCGUCGAGCCAUCGUGUGUGAGCGCCUACUGUGCGAACGCGACGUGUCCAAACAUCUAUCAAGUGCCCAACAGCCACAAGACGCACGACUGCGGCCCCCUGACACGAUUUGUUGUUACGUUUUGUUAUGUGUAA